CUGGUGCGGCCUUGGGUUACAAUAUUUGUGAUCAAGCAUAGCUUCUUCAGAGUGGAGUUGCUUGCUUCUCACCGCUUGAUUGGUGGAAAGAGAGAUAGUUAGAUGAGCGGGCCGAUACCCAUAUUCGACAAGUAGAAAUCUCUCUGGGCCCGCGUCGAAUUCUGACGAGGUCCAGUGAGAACCUAUACUUUGUCGCUGGUUUUGAGAGCUCCAAUGACCAGUGCUGUGCAAUAAGAAUUCCUCCUGCCUCAUUCCGAGAACUGGGAGUGUGUGUGUCUGUUCGUUCCUUCGUUCUUUCGUUUGUGUUUUAACGUUGUGUUGGGAGAGAUGGGGAAUAAGGUAGACAAGUUAGCGGGAGUACAGGAGCUCUCAGUAUAUGAGAUUAAUGAGCGAGAUAGAGGAAGCCCUGUGAUCUUGCCAUUCGGUGGCAAGAAGGACGAAAAUGGCGCUCAUGCCAACAGUCUCGGCGACCUUGUGCCCUUCAGCAAUAAGGUGUAUGAUGGAUCGUUGCAGAGGCGGUUGGGAAUAACGGCGGGCAUUUGCACGUUAAUAUCGCACAACGCCGAGAAGAAAGGUGACCGCUAUGAGGCACAGUACAGUUUCUACUUCGGUGACUACGGCCACAUAUCCGUGCAAGGGCCAUACAUCACCUACGAGGACACGGAACUGGUCGUCACGGGAGGCACAGGUAUCUUCGCUGGGUGCCACGGCGUGGCCAAGCUCCAUCAAAUCAUCUUUCCGGUCAAGCUCUUCUAUACGUUCUACUUGCAGGGGAUUAAAAAGCUCCCGGAAGAGCUUUGUGCUUCAGUUGUGCCUCCAUCGCCGUCUGCGGAGCCGUCGGAGCAGGCCAAGAAAUGUCAUCCUAGCUCGGUAGCCCCCAACUUCACAAAUUAGGAGCUUUUAGAUGACACUUUUUCCGGCUCGCUUGUAUAUAUUCCAAUGUGAACUCCAAUCUUUCAUCAAUCCAGGCUAUUAUACGUUCUAUCCAGCCUGUUGUAAAUUAGAUUGUUGUACCAGUGUUCUAUGCAUUGCCAGUAUCUGAGACCAAGCUAGCCUGGUGUAAACUCUGUUCGGGGAUCAAUUUACAAAUGUAACGUUUCUAUUCGGAAGUUUGGCCCA